CUGAAAAAUCCUAUAAUGUUUGAUUAAACGUAGCGGUUUUAGUAGCUAGUUUACCCCCUAUUGUGUUGUCUUCGUGUAGAACUAAAAAAUUCGAAAAAAUUUCAAUUUUUACGUAAAGUAUCCAACAUAACCUACAAAAUUAUUCGGUGUUGUGUGUGCGUCUGUGUUUGUAAGCAAAUCAACCCGAAAAAAUUAAGAAAUAUCGUGUCAUCAAAAUCCCAACGUAAACAUCAACAAGAAAAUGGAUCUCAUCUGGGCCGCAACUAGAACGUAUAGAAAAAUGCACAACUGACAGGCGCAAGUGUCAACAAAGGCAGCCAAGAAGCCAGGGAAUAGGCCAUAAAUUAUUUGGUUCAAGUGCAGUCACCAUGAAUCUGUACACUCUAUACGAUUGGAUCACAUCAUUGCUCCGUCCGCCCAGCGCGAGUGUUAGCUACAAGGCGAUCGAAGCGGCGGGACUCGAAGAGUUGCCAGCAACAUCAUCAUCGGCAACAGCAACAGCAGCAGCAGCAACAUCCACAGCAGCAACAUCGCGCGCCACUGGAGCGGCAGCAACUUGUGUGGAAGUUGAGUUCAUACCCACGCUAAAUUUUAUAUUUGAGAAGCCGACUUCGUCGAGUGAGCAACGAUCUCCGGAGAAUUCGGAACAUGUGGCCGCUGGUGUGUGCGAUAAGGAACCUGCCGAUGAUUGCGACUCCGACAAUGACUCCACGCACACUUACAUAAUCUCGAGGAGCAGCUGGACGGAGGUCACGUCGAGUAGCACACCAUAUGCAGUUACCUCCACGGAUACCGCCGAACUAUUGAGGCGACAGAACAAUCUCAGUCUCACCGAGGAGGAUCAGUCGGUGUCGUCGUUUAGCAUUGAGCCACCCACCAGUUCCAUGACCAUUGACAUGGCCGAGCAGCAGACAACAACAACGACCACAACAAGUAGUGCCGAUGUUGUGGCAACAACAACCACAGCAACGACAACAACCACAACUAGUAGUAGCAUUGAGGAGGAGAUCGAAGAGGCCAUCGAGAUCAGUGAGGUGGAGGAGCAACUGGAUUCCCCACUGGAAUCCCUCUCGGAGGCGGCUGCCUUUGCCCGGCCAAAGGAUGAGCAAUCAAGUGCCAAAAGUUUAAGCAGCAAUCCGGAUGAGUUUCGUAUCGAUGAUGCCCAGCUGUCCGGUGGUCAAUUGGCCCAACAUUUCCUGGUCGUCGAUGAGGAUGAGAGCGAGGAGGGUUCGGAGCUACCAGCUGGCUCCAAAGUGGAAGUGAGUCGCUCCUCUGAUGACGAUGAUUUCGACAUUAGUUUGCCAUUGGAGCAGAGGAAACCUGUGCACUCCCUGCACGAGGAUAACGAAUCGGUAGAAGUGGAUAACAGUUUGAGUAACCAAAGCACCACGGAUGAUGUCUCCGAAUUGGUUGAGGAACCAGUUCUGGAAAGGGAAGAUAAAACAGAGGGUAGUGAGGCUAUCAGUGCCAGUGCUCCCCCAGAAACCCAUGUAGAUGAAAGCCAAAUAACAGAGGAACAGGAUCAUUCGAUGGAGGAAAUAGUCGCCACCAAUGAAUCAAUCGAAGUGACGUACGAAGCUGAGGAAACAGUGAAUACUUCUCAGAAGCAGGACCUCAUCACGGAUUUGGAUGAGGAACAGGAGGAUCAGGUGGAAGAAAUUAUUAGGCCCUCGUCCACAAUGGAAAUCCUGAAGCUACCUCCUCUCCAGGAACCUCAAAUCGUAGAUCGUAAAUCAGCAACAGCACUUACUACUUUGCGUUUGAAACCAGAGGCACUGGAACCUUUAGAGCUAACCAUACUGGAAAUGUCCGAAGAUGACGAUGAUGAAGAUGAUGAGGAGAGUUCCCUGCAACUGAUGAAGCUGCGAUUGAUGGCCAUGAAUCAUCCAGCGAUUACGGAUAAUGCGCCGAAACUUUCGCCCACGGAAGCGGAGCAAACACAAGUAACCAGCAGCUCAAACAAUGCAGAACUCAAGCAAAUGGAGCGAGUGCCGCUCACCGAGUUCUCCAAGGAUGUUCUGGAGGAUAUCACCGAGGAAAGCGAGAGACUACUCUCCAUGAGCACAACUAUCGAAGAGGAACAGGAUCCACCUUCCCUGUCGCUAGAUGAGUCGAAAACUCUGCAGCACGCGGGUGCAAUAAAGGCUGCUGGCAGUAGUUCCAGUUUGGUGAGCCUGAACAUGCUCCAGCAACUGGAGGCCAAAGUACAGGAACUGCAUACCCAACUGGAGACCAAGGACAACUGCCUGGCCUCGCUGAACUUGCAACUUGAGGCGGCACGAAGGGAAUCCAGUGCGGGUCCAGCUUCGGCCAGGGAUUCCAGUUCGCUGAUGACCAACUCCACGGAAUAUCGCACUCUGCAGGAUGAACUGGGAGCACCUACUUUGGACAUUUAUAUGGAGAUGUCGCGGAGGGACGAGAUGAUUGCCAAACUUACCGACUCUCUGCAACAAUCGCUGAAUGUGCGUGAGAAGCUGCAGGCGGAUUCCGAUCGUAUGGGUGGUGAAGUUCAGAAUUUACGCCGGCAACUUCAGGAAACAAUUGAGGCAGUGAAACGUUCGAGUGUCGUUUGGCCGGAUCAGGAAUGCAAUCCCGGCCAGCGUCUCUCCGAGAUAUCUAUGGAUUUAAUAAGCGAAAGCGAUGAUGAUUUGGAUCGUCAUUUUCUCACCGACAACGAGGAGCGUGGAUCGCGCAGCUCCAGGGAGAGACAAUUUCCUAGCGAAGAAUUGCAGGCGAUAAAUCCCGAGUGGACACCGGCAUUUAGCAAGCAAAUCGAGCAAUUCCACACGUACUUGGUGCCAACGGAGCAACGCAUCUUCCUGAUGGUUCAGCGGAAGUUCGAUGACUAUUUGAACCAGCAGAUGGCCUUGUGCCGGGAUCAGGGCGCCCAGGAGCUCAAGAUUGCCCGCGAUCAGUGGGAGAGCGAGAAGCAGAGCAGCGAACAGAUCCAGCAGGCCGCCCAUGCCAAGCAAAUGGAGGAGCUGCGCAAGUACUUCGAGCACAAGUGCGCCGAUCUGGAGAAGCAGUUCUCGGACGAUGUCUUCUCGCACAAGUCGCAGCACCAGGCUGGGGACAGCUCUUCGGAGUGCUCUGAGAUGGAUCAGCUGCCCGAGGAGGCGGCAGCCGCUGUGUCCUCCAAGGAACCCUCCCCACGCAAACGAAAGAGAGCUGAGCUGCUUCUCAGUCCGAGUCACAGGCAGAUGACUCCUUGUGGACUGGACUCCCUGGGGGAGACCACUGGACAAGCUGGCAAAGAUAAUUCUGUGGAUAUAUCCGACCUGAAGAUAUUUUACCAAACGCAUAUUAAGGAGUUGAAACGCGCUCAUGAAGACCAGGUUCGCAAGCUGAGUGAUCGCAUAAAGUUCUAUGAACGCCGACAGGGUGACGAUGACUAUAAGCCUGCAACCGAAUCACCCACUCCUACCUGCCCGGAAAAGGGAGCCGUAGAAGGACUCGCGAAUACCUCGCUAAUCAUCAUCGAUGAGGACGAGUUGAACUUUAAUAACGAAUCGCAGGUGAUCCAGCGGAUUAUCGAGGAGUAUGAACGGAGGUUGCAGGAGCAAUUGGCUUUGGCUCGACAGGACAUCGCCACCGAGUUGGAACAGCAGAUUCAGAAUUUGUUGUCGGAAAACACAGUGGACGAUCAGCAUUGGCCCAAGGAGCUGAUCUUGCUGCGCGAGAAGUUUACGGCCAAGAGUCAACUGGAGAUCACUCAGCUGAAUAUUAAACAUGCCGACGAGAUGUCGCGCAUGAAACUGGAAUACGAAAAGCAGCUGAAUCGGAAGAACAAGCGCCACUCGACCUUCGAUGCGACCCGUGACCUGGAGCAGGUGAUCUGCGAGCGGGAUGGCUUGAGGGAACUGUCCAAGAGUUUCCGCAGCGUGCUCUGCCGGCUGGCCAAGUGUGUGGCGAACUGUGAGGAGGAUCUGAAUGCCACACUCUCGGAGGAAGUGCAACGCCUGCUGUUCCACAGUCGCAGUCAGGAUGCGGGUGCGGAUGACCUGGAGGUGACGCUCAGUGGCUCCCUAAACAACACAAAGCAAAUGCUCCGAGUGCCGGAUGUGCACAGUCUGCUGGAAGUUGUGGAGGAUCCCAGUUUGGUGCAGUUCAUCGACAGCAAGAGCAACGAAGAGCCAAGCGAGGACUUUGAUUUGAAUGAUUGCCUGGAGCGCCUAAAGUCGGAGGCUUCCUACCUGUUGCAUUUGUCAGAGGAUCUGAACAAACAGCGACCGCAUGACGAGUCCGCGGAGCACUUGGACGAGCCGGAAAAGCAGGAGCAUGAACUCUGCUGCGAGGCGGAGGAUGGUCUGAAGACGCAGCAACAAGUUUUGUCCAAAUUCCUGCGCACAAAUUCCCUGAAUGACCAGCAAAUGGGCGUGGCCAGUCAGCGGAAGAACAGCAAUCCGGAGGCGGGAAAAACACAUACCUCCUUGCCUCCGGAUCUUCAGCAGCAUGCGGGAAAUGCCUCGGAGCUAUCCUUCCAGCUGGUGCAGCUCAAGAAUCGCCUGAUCAAGUCGGAGGCUGAUCGACAGAAUCUGCAACAGCAACUGAGUCACACUAUUGAUCGCAAUGCGGAACUGGGCCAGGAGCUGCAGGCCCUCAGGGAUCAGCUAUCCCAACUGAAUUCCCUUAACCACACGGACUACAACGAGGGCUAUGGUUUGGGGCCAAUGAAGAGCCUGCAGGAGCAGGGAUUAGAUCAGUCAUCGGCCAGCUUCCUUGCCCUUCAGGAGCGGGCGCGUCAUUUGCUCUCAUCUUCGCCGGUCAAGGAGCAGCCUUCAAGGGAUCAGGCGAACUCCACAGUUACCCUGCUGCAAAUGAUCGAGGACUUUUGUCGCGAGGGCGACAAGGUGGUGGAGUGUGGCAAAAAGGACCGCGAGGAUCUGCAAUCUCAGAUCGAUACCGCUGACAAGCAGCUAAAGGACACCAGGCGAUUCCUGGAGGAUCAGGCCGCCGAGCGCGAACAAGAGCGCGAUGAAUUCCAGCGCGAAAUCGAGCGGCUGAAGGCUCAGUUGCGCGACAAAGAGAAGGAGCACAGCUCCUAUGCCAAUGCCUCCGAGGAGUAUGCACAACUGGAAGGACAGUUUCGAGAGGUUAAUCAUCAGCUCAGCGAGUCGAAUGCCAAGCGGGACAAAUUCGAGGUGGAGCUGAAGGCGUCGAUUGACAAGAUCUUUGUGCUGCGCGAGAUCAUCUCGGAACUGGAGACCCAAGUCCAAACCAAGGCUCUGAAUGAACAAGUUCUGGGCGAGAAGGCCAAGCAGUUGGAGGAGUAUGUGAGCUUGCAGAUGAGGGAUAACGAUGCCCUGCAGCAGGAGGUGCACAGCCUGAAAACGGACAUUGGGGAGGGCUAUCAAUCCCGCAUCCGCCUGCUGGAGGAGAAGCUGCAGCAGGGUAGACCAACCGCCGAACAAGGUACGGUUUUGGCUCAAGUGGCGGAAAAGCUGCGAGACAUCGAGACGACGUUGGAUCAGAAGACCAAGCUGCUGGAAUCCCUGCACAACUCCAACACAGCCUCCAAUUCGGGCAGCCUAAGUGUGACCGAAGAUGUCUCCAUUCAUGGCAGUAAGGCUCCCACGGCAACGGGUUCGCCCUCGCAUCCAUCGCUCACCGUGGAAGGCGUUCAGCGGGUCACCGAGAAGCUGGACCGGCACACUCGCGUCGAGGAGGCGGCCAUCAAACGGAUUCGCGACCUGGAGAUGCAGGUCCAUCAAAUGCGAGCCGGCUGUGUGGAACUCCAACAUGAACGCGACUCCCUGCAGGGUCGCAUGGAUGAGCAGACCCAGCGGAUAUCCACACUGCAAAAUCGCCUGGAGGAGCAGCGCCAACGGGCGGAGCAACUGCAUCGGGCUGGCACCUCCGAUUUGAAUACCCGGGUGCAUGAACUCCAGGGUGAAGUUCAGAACUUAAGCGAACAGUUGGCGGCGCGGGACAAGCAGAUGGCCACCCAGCGGCAGCAGUUGCAGAGGAGCAAGGAGGAGAUAAUGCGACUGGAGGCCGAAGUCACAGUUCGCACCCAACCGGAUCGCAGUGUGGUGGACAAGCUGCAGGCCGAAGUGCAGCAGAAGGCUGCAGAGAUCGGAAAGCUAAAGGAUAAGAUACGCACUGAGAUGAUCAAUCGACUGGCCAUUCCGGAUUUAAUGGAGACCAUGCUGGCGGACAAGAACGAUGAGAUAGAUCACCUGCGCGAUCAACUGGAGGCGAAGGAGAAGGAACUGCAGGCAGCUCAUCAGGAUGGCAGCCUGAUUUCAUCGCCGGCAGGAGCGGGGGGCAAGCAGGAAGGUAGCGGUGGCAAGUUGAGUGCCCGUACGCUCAGCGAUAUCGGAUCGAUUACCGAGUUCCCCGAACCGGAUGUGGAACGUCGAGCAGCCAUGCGCAGCCUCAAUGCUCCCCUGCAGACGAGCGAUGGUGCGGGCGUCUUCCUGCACCAGACCAUGGAAACCUCCAAAGAGGCGGUGGCCAAUUUAACGCACAAGCGCACCGACGAUCUAAGCGGCUUCAUUGCCCCCUAUCCUAUCAACACCUUCGAGCAUCCUCACUACUUCCAGGCCCUGGGAGUCACGGCCCAGAGCAGCGAUGGCCUCACACCUGGCCUGGUUCCGCGUCACAUCAACUUCUCCAACCUAACAGAGGAUUCGAAACUCAAGACGCCCAGUUUGCUGAUGCGUACACCGGAAAUGCCACGACCACUAAGCCCACCGGAAGUCCAGCAGUUGCGACUAAAGCUUUCCAAUUUGGAAACGGAAAAGCAGCGACAGCAGAGUGAAUUGGAGAACAAAGUGCAGGAGCUGCAGAAGCAACUGGAGCAGGAGAAGGAGAAGCUGAGUCGUCAGGACAAGAAUCUGCAAAGCCACGAAGAAAGUGAAGUAAAGUACAGGCUUCGCAUUGAAUCCCUCGAGUCCAAGAUCCUGGAAACAGCUGCCCAGGAGGCUGCCGAUCGAGAGAAUCUCCGCAAGGAACUGAAUUGCGUUAGUGCUGCCCAUGAACAGUGCGGAGAUGCGGCAGCUGCUCGUAAACGGGAGCUGGAAGUCCUCAAUAGCGAAGUCAAGAUUAAGGCUGAUCAGCUACAAGCUGCUCUACGACGUUGCGCGGAUCUGGAGCUGCAGGUUCUCACCCUGGAGCGGGAAUUGGAGCGCCUGAAGAACAGCGAAAACAGUUCGAAGCAGUAUUCGGUGGACGAAAUAGCCCAGCAGGUGGAAAAGGAACUAAACUACUCCGCCCAGCUGGAUUCCAACAUCCUGAAAGCCAUCGAAAGCGAGGAGGAGAACAAUCUGGACAAGAAGCAGCAGAAGGGUGUGCAAACGGAGGAGGAGGCUUCGCCAGGAACUGGCAAUGGAACCGACGAUGAGAACUUCACUGGCGAACGGGAGCUGCUCAAUCAAUUGGAAGCGCUACGUGCGCAGUUAGCCGUGGAACGGGAACAAUGCGAGGCAAUGAGCAAGGAGCUUCUGGGCGAGAAGCAGCACUCGCAGGACAUUCAAGAGCAGGAUGUCGUGAUUAUAGAAGCCAUGAGAAAGCGACUGGAGACGGCUCUCGAUGCGGAGGAUGAGCUGCACAAGCAGUUGGAUCAGGAACGGGAACGCUGCGAGCGUCUGCAAACGCAGUUGACUUCCCUGCAGCGAGCGGAAAGUCGCCGAAAUAGUUCUCUGCUGCUCAAGUCACCUGGCGACUCGCCGAGAAAAUCGCCACGAGCUGAUUUCGAAUCCGAACUGGGAGAUCGUCUGCGCAGCGAAAUUAAACUUUUGGCCGCCCAGAAUGAAAGGGAACGGGAGCGGUCGGCGGAUGCUCAGCGUAGCAGUGAGCGGGAACGUCAACGUUAUGAAAAGGAGCUGCAGGAGCGGGUGGCCUAUUGCGAACGUCUCAAGCAGGAAAUGGAGAAGUUGUCCCGCGACAAGGAUUCCGCUGAAUCGGAGUUGGAGCACUUUAACGAACGUCUCACCCUGCAGGCCAGCGAGAUUGAGAGCUUGGAGGCUAGACUAGUCACUCUCCAGGAGGCCGAGACUCGCCGAGCCAACACACGCACCCGCCAGCACCAGGAGAAUGUGAAAUUGCAGGCCGAGAUCCAUGAACUCAAGUCCAAGCUGUUAACCGCAGAGGCUGCUAGAGAUUGCCUGGAUCAAAAGGUCACGCAACUCCGUUUCGAUGUGAGUCGUUCUGGUCAGCGGGAGGCCAAACUGGCUGAAGCCUUGGCUCAGGCCAACGAUCGACUGGCCCACAGCACCGAUGACAAUGUGCCGGCACAGUUUCUGCAGAAGAUGAAGGAGAUCAACACGCUGCUGGCGGAGAAUACCCAGGAGAACCGGCAGAUGGCCGAGACCGUUCAGUUUUUGGUGGCCGAACGCAUUGCCCUGCAAAAGAAGUGCGAGGAACUCGGAGGCUCUGGUAACACCAAUGUCACCGAGCUGGAGGAACGCUGCCGGCAGCUAAUCGGUCGCUAUUUGCGUGUGGAGUCGCAUCGCAAGGCGCUGGUCUACCAGAAGAGAUAUCUGAAGCUAACCCUGGAGGGCUACCAGGCCAGCGAGCAGUUGGCCCUGCAGAAUCUGCGAGGCGGAGCUGCACAGCCCCCUCAGAGAAAUAUCAAAAAGAAGUUCAAGACUGUGGCCCUGGCUAUCAUUGCCAUCCAGCGAAUAAAAUACAUUGGACGCAUUUGGCAUACGGGCAAGCGGAUUGUCAGCAAAUCGGUCUUCACAAUAACCCAGCAGAGAAGCCCGGGACUUAACCUGAAUGUGGCGCCGCCACAGUCGCCACUGCCUGGGCCCAACUCGAAUCCACCCACCAAUAACAACAACCUCACGGGCCGUCUUAGCUAUGCGCCCCUCUCACCGCCGAUGGUCAACUUCAGCACCGUGCAGCCAAUAAUGCUGCCAUCGGAUUUUACCCUCCAAGCGCCAACAUCUUCGUUGCAGAGCACCAUCGCCAAUAACAAUGGUGAGAACAGCUUGCCCUCGCUGGCGAGACUGGACUGGCCGACAAUGCAGAAACCGAAAAGAGCGCAUGCGCGGCAUCAUUAAACCGGAGGAAAGCUCAAGACCCUAACUUUAAGUGAAGCCAUAUCGAAGACACACUGCAGCAAGCAAGCAUCAAGGAUGCCAGGAAAAAAGCGAUCCAUUUUAGUGUUAAUUACCUGUACCAUUUUCCCCCCCAAAACUAAGUCUUAAGCUGUUGUAACCUAAUUUAAGCGUACGCGCAACCACACCAAACUUAGGCAUGUAUUCGUCUGUAAGUGUUAUUUGUAUUUACCGCCCAAGUGUAGCCAUAAGCAUAAACCUAAUCCGUGUCCCAGUAUUUUGAUUGGUUCGACUGACUAUUGGCUGAAAAGACCCCGAAGUCGUUUAUAUUUAUAUUUAGUUUUAUUUUAUUUGGGUUUUGACUGUAUAAGUUUUUUG